AAAAAACCCUCAAUAACCAACAGCACUCAGCAUCACGGGAUAUACUGAGACUUCACAUGGACCGGGACAUCACACUGGUAGUGGCUAUCUAAGGACAGCCCAUCCAGGCAGGAAAAAAUGAAAAAACCUGCACUCAUACAUUAUUGAAGGACAGAAGUGCCUUCACAGAUAUCAUGACUCCUGGAGACUUUCUGGAAUAGUAUCAUAAUAAUUAAUGUCUUCUCCCUUGAAAACUAUGGAUUGAGAAAUUGAGACAUUUCACAUUUCCAUGAUGGUCCUGUUUCUAGUUUCAACAGCUCUCAUUUCAAAUAGUUCCUCUCAUGGAAACCUGACCACAGAGUCUCCAGCUCCUCAGGGCUCACGUGUGUUAGCCACAGGUCUCGUCACCUCUCUCCUGCUCGUCAUCUUUGUUCUCCUCAUCGCUUACAUUCUGAGGUUUAGAGAGCAAAGGAAGAAUCUUGUUGCCUCAGUUGACAAGAAGUUGCCAAAUGGCUUUUUGGAAGAUCAAGAACAAACAGUGGUGCUCCUCCCAAGGUCACCCUCUCCAUCAAAGCGUUAUUUCCCCAUCCCGCUCGACUCCCUUGAGGAAGAAUUCAGACUACGCAUGGCAGAUGAUUGCAAACUCUUCAGAGAGGAAUUUAAUUCUUUGCCUUGUGGAUUUGGCUGUGGCACCUUUGAAGAGGCAAGCAGAGAGGAGAACAGAGAAAAGAACAGAUAUCCCAAUGUUCUGCCCUAUGACCACUCCAGAGUGCUGCUUUCACACAUAGAUGGAUAUAUGGGCUCAGAUUAUAUAAAUGCCUCUUAUAUAGAUGGUUACAGAGAAAAGAACAAAUUUAUUGCAGCUCAAGGUCCAAAGCCAGAGACAGUGGGGGAUUUUUGGAGGAUGGUUUGGGAGCAGAAAUCUACUACUAUAGUUAUGUUGACCAACACAAGAGAGAGAAAAGAAGAAAAGUGCCAUCAGUACUGGCCUGAGCAGGGCUGCUGGAUCUAUGGCUGUGUGAGGGUGGCAAUGGAAGAUGUUUCUGUCUUGGUGGACUACACAAUCAGGAAGUUCUGUGUGCAGCAUCAUGCUGCUGAUGGUUGCAGACCUCCAAGGUUGGUCACUCAGCUGCAUUUCACCAGCUGGCCUGAUUUUGGUGUACCCCUCUCCUCUAUUGGUAUGCUUAAAUUUCUCAAGAAAGUCAAGAGUGUCAAUCCUGCCCAUGCUGGACCAAUCAUAGUGCACUGUAGUGCUGGGGUUGGAAGGACUGGAACGUUCACUGUGAUUGAUGCGAUGAUGGAUAUGAUGCACGCUGAAGGAAGGGUGGACGUGUUUGGCUUUGUAUCCAGAAUACGAAAGCAGCGUUGUCAGCUUAUCCAAACAGACAUGCAGUAUUCAUUUAUUUACCAGGCACUUUUGGAGCAUUACCUGUAUGGUGACACUGAGUUAGACAUUGCCUCGCUGGAAGGCCACCUCCACAAGCUCCACAACACACACAUACACAUGGACCGAGUGGGUCUGGAGGAAGAAUUUAGAAAACUGACUAAUGUUCGCAUAAUGAAGGAGAACAUGAGAACCGGAAAUCUGCCUGCCAACAUGAGAAAGAACAGAGUAUUGCAGAUCAUCCCAUAUGACUUCAACAGGGUAAUAUUAUCCAUGAAGAGAGGGCAAGAAUGCACAGAUUACAUUAAUGCAUCUUUCAUAGACGGUUACAGGCAGAAGGAUUACUUUAUAGCAACUCAGGCACCAUUGGUUCACACUGUACAGGACUUCUGGCGCAUGGUUUGGGAAUGGAAGUGCCACUCUAUUGUUAUGCUUACAGAGCUAAAAGAGAGAGAGCAGGAAAAAUGUUUCCGUUACUGGCCAGCAGAGGGCAGUGUUUCAUUUGGAGAGUAUGUAUUGGAGCUGAGGAGAGACACACUGUGUGAGACUUACAGCAUUCGAGACAUGCUGCUGUCCUAUGCACCUGAGAAGCAGACUCGUCUAAUCAGACAGUUCCACUUCCACGGUUGGCCAGAGAUUGGAAUCCCAUCUGAUGGGAAGGGAAUGAUUGAUAUUAUUGCUGCAGUGCAGAAACAACAGCAGCAGUCUGGAAACAACCCUAUAGUGGUGCAUUGCAGUGCUGGUGCAGGCCGGACCGGAACCUUCAUUGCUCUAAGUAACAUUCUAGAGCGGGUCAAAGCAGAGGGGUUACUUGAUGUAUUCCAGACUGUGAAGAGUUUACGCACUCAGAGACCACAUAUGGUCCAAACUAUGGAACAGUAUGACUUCUGCUACAGAGUGGUGCAGGAUUUUGUUGACAUCUACUCAGACUAUGCUAAUUUCAAAUGAAUACUACUUCUCAGCAAACAACAUUUAUAUUAUAUUUAUAGGGGUCAUGACAUGAGGGAUCACAUUUUCCCGGAUCUUUUGACAUAUAAGAGGUUAUAGUACUAUAAAAACAUACUGUAUUUUUCAGAAAAAACUUUCCCCUCACUUAAAAAAAAGCAUUUGUUGAAACCAAGAUGCAUUUGGAAAAUUCCUCCACAUUGUGACGUCACACUGUGGUAGACAUUUGCAUCUGGCUGCCUCCAUAACAAUACAUCAACACCUACUUUACCUUUAAUCGCAGUGAGUAGUGUGAUGGCAACCAAAAAAGAGAGGAGGCCAGUCAAGAGCAGAUAGCCAAUUGGAACAGUGGGCGUGUAUUGUCCCACUGUUAAAGGAAAAGUAGCAUCAAAACCUGCUUGUAUCUGAUAGAGGGUCUGAAUGAGGGUGGAAAAUGAUUAUGUUUUACAAAUAUAUGACUGUUUUUUGUGUAAAAUUUUUUUUACAACUGUUAUAAGUGGACCUCAAGGAACAUAAAAAAAUUAUAAAUAAAGGGCAUGUCAUGACCCCUUUAAAAUGAAGAAAAAUAUUACUGUGGCUUAGUGACACUCCACACACUUGACAUUUACUAUUCUUGUCAUUUAUAUUCAGUAAGGUAAUAUUUUGAAUAUCACCAGACUCCAGUGGCUUUACCACAUCAAGUCUUUUGCAUUGUUUUUGUUCCAUAUGUGUCAAUGUUCUGUAUGGACAAUUUUUUUAUUUGACCAGCAUAUUUUCUGUGUACAUUAACACCCUUUACUACAGAAUUAUUUGAAAAAUUGUGUUCACGUUAAUUUAUAUUUCCAUGACUGAAUAAGUGUAAAGCAUUCCAUUAUCAGUAUUUGUUCCUUCUCAUCCUGCUGCUUGCUUCCCUGAAAAUCUUUGCAUGAUUAUUUGUGUGUACAAUAAGUAAUUAGGAUACUUCCAAAUUUAAAUUUUAAAGCAAUUCUUGGCCAGAUUCUGAUUUGUAUCAGUCAUGAUAAGUCAUUUGUACCAAAUCAAUUUCCUUCACCUUUCACCUCACCUUCACAUCCUAACUAAGGUAGCUAACCACCUCAUGAAACUUUAGCAGGCUUAAAGUUUCUACACGACAAUGCUCUUUAUAACUUAAAUACUGAAGCCAAUGUAUAUGCUCGAGAUGUGAAAGAAAUCCUGUUAAAAAUGCUUUAGGACCCUUUUUAGAUUAUGCCUGGUUCAUAACAGACUAUGAAUAUGAGUAUACAAGGUCAGAUAUGGAUGAAAACAAAAUAGUUUCUAAGGAAGUAACAAAUCUUGUAAUCUUGGUAUUGAUAUUUGGUAGUUGGUAAGUCUGAAGUUAUUAAUACAUGCUAUAAAGCAUGGUUUUGUUACACUUUCAUUAAGAUUAACAAUUGUUUUCUUUUAAUACCUGACUAUUUGUCUGCUCAUUUGAAUAAGUUCAAAGAAAAAAUAAAGUCCUCUGUACCAUCAGAACAAUAUUCUUUCAAAGGGUGAUAAAUAAUGAAAAGAAAUGAGAAAACAUAUGCCUUAAUUGUACAACAUUAU